UGUGCAUUAAAUGGAGAAAGAAAAUGUGUUAAAUGUCGAGAGAAUAGUGGGUUUUAUUUAUUAAAUGGGAAUUGUGUUGCUUGUGAUUCAACUUGCAAGCCAAAUACAUGUGACUCGACAACGGAAUUUUGUUCACGAUGUUUGUUAAAUUACACAAUAACUUCUCCAAUAUCAAAAGUCUGUAUUAAGUCUUCUGAAUUUGAUUCAUGCUGUUCAAAAUGUGCAGUUGAUAAUGCAAGAAAAUGUGAAUUGUGUUCAAGUGGAAAAUAUCCAAAAGAAUCCGAAAACUACAAGUGUGGUUAUUGUGAUUGGUCAUGUGGUGGAAUGUGCAAUGGUUCUACAGGUGUAUAUACCAGUUGUUCGUUGAAUUUUCUUUUUUUCAACUACAAAUAA